AAGAGACCCCUCCAGGCUCCGGAGCCAGAGGCUCAGAGGAUUCUGACCGCAUCUUUGCCGAACAGAAGCAACUGUGCUCAAAAUAGAAACAAGAUCUCUCCUCCCCGCUGCCUUUCUCUCCUCGCUGCGAAUCCCACAGCUACACACGAUGUGCAAAGGACUUGCAGGUCUGCCGGCUUCCUGCCUGAGGAGCGCAAAGGAUAUGAAACAUCGGCUGGGCUUUCUGCUGCAGAAGUCUGACUCCUGUGAGCACAGCUCUUCACACAGCAAGAAGGACAAAGUAGUCACUUGCCAGAGGGUGAGCCAAGAAGAGGUCAAGAGAUGGGCUGAAUCACUGGAAAACCUGAUUAAUCAUGAAUGUGGACUGGCAGCUUUCAAAGCUUUCCUGAAGUCAGAAUACAGUGAGGAGAAUAUUGACUUCUGGAUCAGCUGUGAGGAGUACAAGAAAAUCAAGUCACCUUCCAAACUAAGCCCCAAGGCCAAGAAGAUCUACAAUGAGUUCAUCUCAGUGCAAGCAACGAAAGAGGUGAACCUGGAUUCUUGCACCAGGGAGGAGACGAGCCGGAACAUGUUAGAGCCCACGAUAACCUGUUUUGACGAAGCCCAGAAGAAGAUUUUCAACCUGAUGGAAAAGGAUUCAUACCGCCGCUUCCUGAAGUCUCGAUUCUAUCUGGAUUUGAUCAGUCCUUCCAACUGUGGGGCAGAGAAGCAGAAAGCAGCCAAGAGUUCAGCAGACUGUGCUUCCCUAGUCCCUCAGUGUGCCUAAUUUUCACGCAGAGGCAGAGAUCAGAAAUGCCAAGACUCUAUGCCCUGGGAAAUCUGAGGCCAAAUAUUGAUCUGUAUUAAGCAAUGCUUUGCCCAUGUUGUAGCCUAGUGUCCAUGCUGCCUGCCGUGUGCUAGCCACUUCCAUGUAAAACUAGACUUAGUUGUGGUAUUGGGGUUUUCCAUUGGGGUAUGACCCAAUUCAUUUCAAAUUUUCCCAAGUUUCCUUAAGGGUGUCAUGUGAGCAAGUCUCCAAAUAAUGGCCCUGUAGGUCUGGAUGUUCAAAGGUUGCUGGCCGUCCUCCCCCUCCAGCAGUUUGACUUCAAGUUAGUUGGUUGGUCCCACUUCAUGUGACAUCACGUGCACAUGCAAUGUCAGCCAGCAGCACUUCCUACAGACUCUGGAGUUUAGGUGAGACUGAUGUGUAUAUGUGUAUAUUAAAUAUAUAUAAUAUAUGCAUAUACAUUUUGUAUAUAUUGUAUCUAUGUAUUCAAAUAUGUGUGUGAAUGUAUGUAUUUAUACAUUUGCGCAUGCACACACAUUUCUACAAGAGUAGAUGGAAAAGACCCUAGGUGCUCAAAUUGGAGUAUGUACACAUGCUUACACGCAUGUUCUGAUCUCUGGUCCUUCAUACUGUGUUUGAACAGGGCAAACUACAUUAACUGCCAUGCAGGCUAAGACUUGGGGACACUAACUUGUGGAAAACCAGUUCUGUAAAACCAUUGGGUCUUGAUGGAGAACAAUCAGGGGCUUCAUGUUUAAGCACUGACGACAGCCUCCACAUUGAGCACUAAGCUAAGGGGUGAUGACUCUGAAAAAUCCGCUGGCUGACACAGAACUGCCUUGCAUCAGUGAUCACUACUGGCACUUUUAAGUCCCUGUGCUGAUGGCCUUCCCUCCUUUGCCUGGGUGCUGGAUUGGUCUGGAGUUGGGAGAUGGGAUAUUAGAGCUGAAUGGAGGAAAGUGGUCCAGGCCUUGCCAACUAGCCCUCUCAUGGGCCACUGGCUAUGUGAGGGCCGAGGACCUAGAGAUGAUCUAUUUCUUUCCUCUCUUGAUAAGGUGCUCUUCUAGUCCCACCCCCUGAGAACUUCAGCUGCCAGAUGAGCCUCCUUAGUUCACUGUGGUUGGUGGUUCACUUUCAGAACCACAGCUUGGCUCGAAGCUACAUGCCUACAUUUGUAAAGCUUCCUCAGAGGAAAGGUUUUGUUUUGUAAGGAGGAAGUAAGUUCUCCCAAACUGAAAAGCCCUCCUUGCUUUCCUGCUUUGAGGUAAGAGCUUGCCCAUCCUAUCCCAAACAUCAAGGCUAGCAGAGACCGACAAAAGGAGAGAGGAGAGAAAAAGGAGAAAAGAGAGAGGACAGGAUAUCAGUUGGUAGGACUACUGUUUGGAACUUUUCAAGGCACAUGAAAUACUUGAAAAUUUCUCAUUUGUGUUAUUUAUGAUGUUGUUUUGUACAAUGUUUAUAUUAUUGUAUUGUUUUAUAAAUGGAGGUACAGGAUGUUACCUGAAUUACUAAUGAAUGCCCAGGAAGUAAUUUUCUUCUCAUUCUUCUAAAACUACUGCCUUUGAGAGCACACACAUUCUCAUGCACACAUUGCACCCACUGUUCCAGUCUACAUUACAUGCAUGAGCACCACUGUGGCUAGUAAGUCAAUGUACUGGGCUGCAAAACGAAGACACUGGAGCCAUGUGUAUCCAAGUCUCAUCGGACUGAAGAAAUUGUUUUUCUAAUUGCAACCUUCUUGUCUCUCUGACAGUCUUGCUUGUAAUGUCCCCACAGCUCCCUAACAGUGUUCUCCACCCCAUUUUUUCUUGUACACAGUUCCACGAUCUUGUUUGUACAACUCUUUGGUCUUGCCCUGCCCUGAUAUUAUCAUAACUUUGAGAUUGUACCUGUACUCGCAGACUGCUGUCUCACAAAUAGGUCUGGAAAGUCAUUCUGAAUGAGAAGUAAAUUAUUUUAUGUAAUACA